CGAAAGGGCUGCGCGAGCGCACGAGCGCACAAGUUGACGUUUUACAAAUAAAGAUGGCGUUAAUUAAAUUGGUACUAUGUUUAUACACAUUGGGAAUAAUCGGGACCCAGGGCUCAAAUCCUGUAGUUAGGGUAGCCCAUGGUGUGCUUCAGGGUUCUUGGAAAGUCUCUACUAAUGGAAGAAAUUACGCCAGCUUCGAAGGUAUCCCUUACGCUCGUCCACCUAUCGGCAAAUACCGCUUCAGGGAACCGCAGCAAAUGAAGCCCUGGCUGGGUGUGUGGGACGCCACCAAGCCACUAUCAGAAUGUCUCCAAUACGAUCCUUUUGUAAAGAAAGUCUCAGGUAGCGAGAACUGCCUGUAUUUGAAUGUACACACUCCAAAGCCAAACGCCGCAGCACUCCUCCCCGUACUGGUGUUCAUUCACGGCGGGGCUUUCAUGUACGGCGCGGGCGGACUCUAUGACGCCUCGCACUUUAUGGACAGGGACAUAAUUGUCGUUACAUUCAACUAUAGAUUAGGCCCAUUAGGAUUCCUGAGCACGGGUGAUGAUGUGAUACCCGGUAAUGCCGGCUUGAAGGACCAGUCCUUUGCGUUGCAAUGGGUGAAGAGUAAUAUAAUGAUGUUUGGUGGCAACCCUGACAGCGUCACGUUAACGGGCUGCUCCGCUGGCGGCGCUAGUGUGCACUACCACUAUCUUUCACCUAUGUCUAGAGACACGUUUCACAGAGGCAUAGCAUUCAGCGGUUCUGCGUUUGCGUCGUGGACGCAUGCUGUGAAGGCUGGUCAAAAAGCGCGCAGCCUGGCUGCCGUAGUGGGUUGCCCUACCGGAAAUACGCGGGAGAUGGCCGACUGUCUGCGAUAUCGACCCGCUGAGGUCGUCGUCAACGGACAGGUUGAAAUGUUUGAGUGGAAGGUAAACUUGUUCACGCCGUUCACGCCGACACACGAGGCGCCGAGCGCGAAGUACCCGUUCCUUACGCAGUACCCGUACCACGUGGCCAGAGCUGGUGGUGUACAGAAACUGCCUCUUAUUACCUCCGUCACCUCCGAAGAGGGACUGUACCCCGCUGCAGUUUAUCAAACCGAUCCCACGAUCCUGAAAGAGUUGGACUCCCGCUGGGAGCAACUGGCGAGCAAUAUAUUUGAAUACAACGAUACCUUGCCGUUGCAACUGCGUAGCGCUGUUGCUGAGAAGAUCAGACAACAUUACUUCGCUGGCAAGUCAGUCGGACAGGACACGUUUGAUCGAUUAGUACAGGCUUUAGGCGACCGUCUGUUCGUGGCUGACGUAGGCAGGCUGGCGCAAACUCACGCCAGUUCCGGACAGCCCACAUAUCUGUACCGGUACUCGUUCCGGGGAGAUCUGAGCUUAUCCAACCUUAUGGCACAAAACGACAAAAACUAUGGUGUGAGCCACGCGGACGACGUGAUGUUAGUCUUCAAGUUCAUAGGUAGCUCGGACUCGCCAGCAGACGUGCAAAUGAGGAAUAUACUUCUCGAUAUGAUCUACAGCUAUGCGUCAACCGGUGUACCAACUAUAAAGAAUGGACCGCAAUGGCAAACCGUAGCCCCAGGAUCUCCAGAACUGAACUACUUAGAGAUCGCGUCUCCAACUGAUGUCACAAUGAAAUCGAGUUCCGAUUUCGGCAACCGCUCCUUCUGGGAUAACCUAGGAUUUGUUGAGAACCAAAACUACAACAUAUACAUAAAAGAUGAGCUGGUGAAGAAGUAAGAAAAUACUUGCCUCUUAAUGACACAGAAAGGAUUACUGCACAGUUCAACAGUACUAAGCUGCAAUUAGUAGAUAUUCAACAAUUUUGUAGAAACCUUUAAGUAAACGUUGAUGUCUUAUUAUUUAUAAACAAUGGAAUGCAAGCAUUAUAUG